AAUUUUAACUGCCUUGCACCAUCAUAGUAGCACAGAAGGAUGCAUCAUGUAUAACAAACGCACCCACUCUCUAAUGCAUCGCUUCAUUUACAUUCUUCAGUCUUGUCUUUUUCCGCUAUUGAUAGUAUAAUCUUAUGAAAAAUCCAUAAAGACAUAUCUAUGAACACUAUUAAGGACAUGUAAUCAAGUAAAGUCUUCAGAUUAACGACACCCGCAACCGUCUGUUAACAAAUUACUUCAUUCGGAAGAAACUUAUACGGCCCAGUGCAUAGUUACUAGGCACCUAAAUAAACACCGAUCUCAAAUGAAGAUUCUUAAAUAUAUUUUACCCAACAUCGGGUUAGAAGAGUGCUCAUAAUUAUUCGAGAUCUCAACAACAUAACCUUGUAGCUGGUAUUUCAGUACGUUUAAUUUAAGAUGGGUUUCGGACAGUCGUCUAUGCUUUUGAAGGUCGGGUUUAUUCUGAUUAUAGUGGCUCUCGUAAUCCAGAUUUUGGGAGUUGCUUUACCAUACUGGUAUCAGAAAGAGAACUCGAGCGGUACUAGCGUCAAUGGUGGACUGUGGAAAUAUUGUUCAGAAACCCUAAAUGUGAAAAAGUGCAUAGAUAUGGAGAAUGCUGCAGACUGGAUUGAAGCUUGUCGAGCGUUCCAGAUAAUUGGACUUCUAAUUCUGGUGGCCUCUCUCGUACUGUGUAUUAUUGUACUGUUUAUCAAGAAUGACAUGAAGGUUUUGAAACUUAUAAACUGGAUUCUAUGCUUUUGUGCAUGUGGCUUCAUCAUCAUCGGUAUCAUCAUCUACGGAGCUGAAGCAUCAGGUGUGUUCGAGGAAUACUCGGGGGCGUUUGCUAUCACCAUCAUUUCUGGGAUUGUGGCCCUUGUUGCCGGAGUUGUGUGUCUCCUUGACUGGAUGGGCAAGGGAACUCCUGCAUAAAGACAGACAGACAUUGUAGAAAACAUUUACAAAUAUAGUGGACAUCUAUGAGAAUUUAAAAGAUCUGGGAUAAAAUUAUAAUUAGAUCAGGUUUAUUUUAAUAUUUCUUGAUAUGACGUUUGAAUAAAGUCCACCGAAAGUUUAAAAUUAAUAGAAACAUUGAAUUUACGUUCGCAUAAUACUACUGAAUUGUACUGGUGGUUUAUACGGUGAAAAACACAAACUUUAUCUCAAAAGAACGUAAUGUAUGGAAUUACACUAUCUAUGAUCGUAUAACUAAGUAUAAGUGUUUACUUUUUAAUAUAAAGAGAACGGUAUUUUAUAAACUUGUGAGAACUUGUUACUCAACCCUUUAGCAUUUACUGUUGUUUGUGCUGUGUAAGUAAGCUGUAUUAUAUGAAAUAAAUAUAAGGAAACAAAUUUUAUUGUUAGAACAUUGGUAUAUGAAUAAAUAGAUA